AUGCGAGACCUGAUUGUAAAUUUACCUUCAGACUUCAAUGAUUCGAGUGCAGAUGAGUAUCAAAAGGUACAUAUUUGUGGUAUCUGUUUCAACAUGUCUCCUAAACUACUGAAUACUUAUCUGGGUCUCGCUCUGCCUGCUGACUAUGCAGUUUCGUACCCCACUCCUGAACAACUGGCUGAAGAACUUACCGAUGGAACAGUCCCUAUGUGGCCAGUCGAUGGACAGUUACCAGUUGCCUCCUUGACAGUUAAAUAUUUAAUUCUUCAUCGAAUCGAGAUUUCCAAUUGGAUUCCCUAUACGCAUGCCUCCACUAUUUCGACUUCCUUGGGUCACUUUAUCUACCUUGUGGGCACUGGAGUAAAAGUGAACGUUGGAGAAUUCAUCUUCAACCAUCUUCUGCGGCAUGUGGAUACCUUUGGUAUCCAUAUCCCAAUCUGCUUCCCUCAAAUUCUAAGUGGCUUUCUUCUGGCUCAACAGUCCACCAUUCUGACUCCUUUGAAUACUAUUGGUUCAGCGCCUCGGGUUAUACCGCUCAGUAUGUGCUUGUUUCAAGGGGCUCACAUUCCUGAUGUUGCUGCUGAGUUUGACAAUGCUCCAAGCAAAACCAGUACUCAUGUUGCUUCGCAACCUAGUGUUGGCCAUCCUCUCACUCUCUGUGUGUCACUUGCCAAUCGUCUGUUGCAAGCUCUAAUUGCCGAAUCUCGCGCUCUGACUCAUCAAAUAAGUGAGCUAUCUGAUCGACGCACUGUGUUGGAUGCUGUCAUUCGUGACCUCCAGCGUGCAGCCUCCGGAGCUACCCCUCCUCCGUCUUAUUAA